AUGGCGCCUGUCCCGCUCAAAAUGGCUGCUCGGGCCCGCACGUUGCCCUUACCAAGAUGGCGCCCGCUAGCAGGUCUUAAAGGCAGAAAGCCUCACUUAAGAUGGCGGACGCCAAGCUCGCACCACGUGGUCGCCCAAAAUGGCUGCCGGAAGCAGCGGUUGCCCUGCCGACAAGUAAACAGACCCACAGAAAGAUCGCGUUUAACGCUAUACUCUAAAACAAUCGGCCGGUCCCCGCGACUGAAGGGAAGGUGAGAACGGCCCUCAAAGCAGGAGAAAUAGGCACCCGAAGAUUAUAGCAAAAGGAACGAAGCAGCCCAAACCUCUGACUUCUGUGUUAUCCGCGCUCCGAGCUCUGUCCCUCCAAGAUCCUCCCUUGAGACCGGGAAGAAGACGCCGAAUCCCCAGAGAAAGACCACGUGCUGUGUUGUGCCGCGACAAGCGCGAGUGCUCUAUGCCGGUAAGGAUCCGCGUCGCUCACACUGUGAUGACCGUGGCUCCCGGACAGCAGCGCCAGCCGAGGAACAAAAUGAGCCCGGCUCCUUUCUGCGCAGCAGCCGAACAAGCUCUCCUGCAGAUAGACCGCUCCCGCUAUCUGCCGCACUGUGGAGGAAUCUCAGGGACCCAAAGCGAGGUACGGGAAUACGAACCACUUAGAAAAUAUCAGCUCCAAAACGACAAGGUAACCGCUUCAAAAAUAUCCGCUCAGCUGGCGAGGGGAAAAGAGGGCGGUCCCCGGGCGUGCCUGGCCUUAAGUAGGCAAGGCCACGCCUCCCCGGCCCGCCGAUUGGCGGAUCGGGUCGCAGGCACGCCCGGGAAUUCCCUGGGUCUCGCGGGGGCAGAAGGCCCGCCCCCGCGUGUGUGGGAGGGGGUCGCCCGCAACCCCCUCUCCUCCGAAGUCGGAAAUGGCUUUCCCAAACUUAACUGAUAUGAUCAUCAUAACUACACCAUCUUCUUCUGUGGUGUCAAUUUUAAUUAAUUGUCUUGGUACAUGUAACUGCCAUAUUAUAAUUACCACUAAAAUGUGGAUUUAUAGGGGUAAAUUUUGCAUACUCUGUGUGCAGAGAUAUCACACAAGAGACCAAUGCAUUCUUCCUUGGAUAUUUGCAGCAAUCUUUAUUAAAUAUUUGAGAGUCCUGAGUCACUUCAGUCCUGCGGAUUUCAAAGAAGCAUAGAAUUGUAAAGUCUGAAGGUACCCAAAUGCAGGAAUCUCAACUAAAGCAACCAUUACAGAUUUGUCCUUAUGUUGCCACAAAGAAUCCUUACCUUCCUGAGACAGCCUUCCACAUUUAUGGAAUAAAAAGCUACAUCAUUAAGAAUUAGUCCCAAGGCACUGAACUGCUGCCAUUAUCAUAAACAAUGUACUAGCAAUAAACUCACUAGGUGAUUGGCUUGAGAGGCCUGGAGGCAGCAGCCCCUGAAAUAGUUUUAUCAGUUAGCCACAGAUUUGAGGAGUGGUGCUCUUCUCUUUGACUGCUACCUUCUCACAAAUCCCUUGACAUGGAUUUCCCCAUUACCACACAAGACACUACAUUGCUAGUUUUAUAAUUUAUAAUUCCAUUCCAUAAUUCCAUACCCAAAGCAAAUUGUUUUAUAAUUCAAGCAAAAUAUCAAACCUAACGCAAAAUGUUCGGUUUUGAACGUUUCAGGGAAAUGAGCCGUUAAUCUUGCCUUCAUGUAAAACACAGCAGAAUGAGGUUCUAUGGCAUUCCUUGAAGCAUGAAAACACAAUAAUAACAAGGAAUAAUAACAAGGAAAUAUUAUGCUCCCCAAAAGCAUUUCAGGGAAUUGGGGAGUGCACCUACUCUACAGAUACGAAAUUAUUUACAUCAUUUUUACAUAUGAAAUCAUUUCAAUGGUUUUCUUUAUUCAGACAACUAAUGGUACAGACUCAGCAGCAGACACAGGAGUAACAAUUCAGGAGUUCAAACGCAGGGCAAGAAAUUCAGAACUCAACAGAAGCACCCAAGAUGUCCCAACAAGUUUCCUCCUUCUCCUGCCAAGCGUCUAAAGAUGAGGCAUGAUGUACUCACUUUCCUUGUGGGAAUAUCAGGGUUGCAAGUGCCUGCUCUGUCAGUGUGGGUAGACUUUCUCCUGUCUGCAAAGGUGGUUUCUGAUUCUGGCCAGCGAGAUCGCACCUUUCUCUUCAGGCUCCUCUACAUUCGCUGCCAUCUCUUGUUCACCCUCAGCCCUCCCCAGCCUCCACUGGGGGCUCUGUAGGAAGGUCAGAGGCAAGAGCAUCUUUGCUCCCCCUUCCAAAGUCCAGAUGGACAGAGGAGAUUCCCCACCUCCUCCAGUUCAUUUCCACCAUCUGCCUGUUUUUUCUUCUUCCACCAGAGCCUGUCAAUCCAAGCACUAUCACCACAGCACUGUGAGAUCAUGACAGUGCUUCCUUUUCUCCUGAUUCUCCCACCAGUAAGCUUCAUAAGAUGACCUCUGCUUCUAAAGUUAUGAAAGAGGGAGGAAAUCUUAUCACUACCCACUGCUGCAGAAGGUGAUGGGCUGUCAUUCACAGAAGGUGGAUGGUGAUUGGUCAGGGUUGUGGUAGGAAGGGCAGGAUUUAGGUUUGAUGAGGCCCUAAGCUACUGAAGGUAAUGGGGCCCUUUAUAUGUCCAGCUAUCCUUCGUCAACAACAAAUCUCUGUUUUUUGUGUUGAAUAUAUGCUAUAUGGUAAUUUAUGGACCUAAAGCCAUUUGCACAUACAGAAUGUAGGCACCCUAUAUAUAGAAAUGAGCAAACCAGUGAUAUUUUAGGGAGCAGGCUAGCAGGUGGGGCCCAUUACUUACAUCUUAGGAGACUACACAACACAAAACACUGUUGCUGUGUGUAGGUUUUAUUUUAUUUGUUUUUUAUCUUAUAUUUUGGAAAUGUAAAUCCAGUUUUUUUCCCUUUAAAUUUUUUUGGGGACCCCAAAAGAGUGGGUCCCUAAGCUAUAGCUUGUUUAGCUUGUAUGUAAAUCCGGCACUGGUGGUAGGUGACACCCACACUAUCCAUUUAAAACACUUUUAUACCACUUGAACAGUCAUGGCUUCCUUCAAAGAUCCUAGGAGCCAUAGUUUGUUAAAGGUGCUGGGAAUUAUAGCUGUUUGGGGUGGGUGGGUGGUAAGCAGCAGUUCCUAGAAUUCUUUGAAGGAAGCCAUGACUGUUCAAGUAGUAUAAAUGGAUGGUGGUUUAAAUGGAUAAUGUGAGUGUCCUGCAUUGUGGAUUCUGCACUAAGCAGGGUCUGGAUAAUAUGGCAUCUUUCAGCUCCGAUUCCACCACAUCAUACAUAUUUUUUAGAAAUCUCACUCACAUUCCCCACCCCCUUGCAUGCCUUUCCCUCCUAAUUAAAAGGGUCCAGCCCUCUUACCUUUUCCUUUUACUGAUCUUCACUAAACGGGUAGGAUGCCUGCCUGAAUUGAACACUUUUUAACCAGAACUAUUACCAUUUUAAGGUAACCUUGCCUCGUGCAUUGCACAAAUCCACACUCUGCUGUUCUACACAAGUGAGUCUGGCUUUGAGAUCAAGGGUAGUUUCAUGGAGUCUCCUGGCUGGACUCUGGGACUCUCUCCAACUAGACCAUUUCUUUGUCCAAGGUGUCAAGGUAUUUUUAAAAGUCAUCCACUAUAAUGAAUAGCAGUCUUCUGUUCUAUCACUGGCAGGCAAACACUUAAUCUGGAGUAUAUUAUUUUCUACUCAGUUUGGCAUUUAUUCUUCCUUUUUAAAAAAAAAACACACAGAAAGAAAAUCACAUUUGGCCUUUUUAAGAAUUCAAAUAGCUGUGAUGCAUAGGGGAUAAAUGUGUUGCGCUAUUGCUUCUUGUAAAAAAAUAAAAUAAAAAUAAAUUCUCGGCUUAAUACCUCGUUCUUAAGUAGCAAUUGCAGAUUUAAAAUGUAUCAAAUUGCCAGAAACAAUCUGGGGAUAAACUUUAAUAAUAAAAGAUUGCUAUGGAAUACAUUAUUUGCUCUCUACACUGCUGCUGCAUCCAGAUUCUGGUAUUGGUCUCAGUGGAGUAGAACUAAGCCCCGUGAUUUCAAAAUAGUACAAAGAAGGAGAGGUCUGGCUUUUUGAACUAGGGAAAGGAUGAGGAACCUGUGCCCUCUGGAUGUUUCUGUACUAAAACUCCCAUGACCAUUGGCCAUGCUGGCAGUGGCUGUUGGGAGUUGGAGUCCAACAAUAGCUGGAGUCUACCAUGUUCACUAUCCCUGAGCUUGGGGUAUGUUUCUCACUAAAGAUAGGUGCUAUCCUGAGUACAUCAGGACAAGCCACUGUGUUUUUGGGGUAGGGAUGGAUGUGUUCUUGCAUGUGUUCAUUUAUAAGUCUUUUAUGUUCCAUUUCUCCAUUAAUAUUCUUUUGUUAAUUAAAAAAACAUGCUUAAUCUUACAUACAUAUUCAAACAUGUAUUUUAGGUCAGUGUAAAAAGGUAAAGGGACCCCUGACCAUUAGGUCCAGUCGUGGCCGACUCUGGGGUUGCGGCGCUCAUCUCGCUUUAUUGGCCAAGGGAGCCGGUGUACAGCUUCCAGGUCAUGUGGCCAGUAUGACUAAGCCGCUUCUGAUGAACCAGAGCAGCGUACAGAAACGCCAUUUAACUUCCCACCUAUUUAUCUACUUGGACUUUGACGUGCUUUCAAACUGCUAGGUUGGCAGGAACAGGGACCGAGCAACGGGAGCUCACCCCAUUGUAGGGAUUCGAACUGCCGACCUUCUGAUCAACAAGUCCUAGGCUCUGUGGUUUAACCCACAGCGCCACCCGUGUACACAUCUCUAAACACAUCUCUCCUAUCACAUUUUGUUGUGAUCUACAGGGAUGACCAUCACCAAGGAGGUUGAUGGCCUAAGCAAGAGGAAGGCAGCAAUUCCUGCUUCCGCAGCAGGCAAGACAGCAAGGCAAAGUGAGGUGACACAAAGUCAGCACCCUGCAGGGAGAACAAGGACCAUGGACAGUGUCCCUGCAGGUGAGGCCAAACGUCCAAGUUGUCUCAGCAAAAUGCAGGAGUAUUUUUAUAUCAGGACUUGUCUAGGUAGUCAUUGGCCAGAGACCCUAACCUCUGAGUGCCACCUCCUGGCUAUUUAAUUCCCCAAAGCAUUCUUCUGUAGCUACUGGCUUCUUCAAGAUAGUGUGGUUUCUGGCUAUAGGGAUAUUUCCUCAGGUGUCUCUUGAUCCCUAGGUAGGGCUUUCUUUUCCAAUUGAACCUUGCUAAGCUCAGGCAUGUUCCUUUGGUCUUUGCUUUUCUUUGGCUUGUUCAUCAACCUUCCCUCCUAAUUUGACUUUUGGUCUUGGCUACCAGCUGGUCCCAUGGCUCCUGGUUCCCAGCUCCAGGCUUAUUCCAGUUGUCUGCUUAUAGCCCAUCUCUGACACCUUCAUGCCUCUCCAAUAAGGAAAGCCCAAGAAUUGACUGGUACAAGAAUGAUCAAGCCUGGACUUUGCAAAUAGCAGUAAGAUAAGGGUUCCCAUUGCGGUGUCUGCAGGCAGCCAGACCUGUCACCUCUCUGUCACCUGCAGGGUCUCUCUCCCCACUAGGUUUGAGAUGUGUAUAUGCUGCCCGUGAGAGAUUGUCCAGUUCACAAAUGUACCCGCAGGCUCCCCAAAAGUUAGCAGCCCCCUGCACUAAGAGGACAGGCUAAGACUCAAGGCAGUUUCCUUGAGUUUCAUUUGCAGAAUGUGUAUAGAAAGUGCGCCAGCUCUUCAAAACCCAGCAGCCAAGGCUCGCUCACAGUCAUGCAAGAACUCCCCCCUUCCAUAUCCUCAAAUAAAAUAUACAAUUCCUGACAAACACUUGAGAAACCACUGGUUUCAACCCCCCAGGAAUUCCUUUGGCCUAUUUCCCUUCCCCAUCGGAGGGGAGUGGGGGUAGGGGAGAGAAUGUUGGGCUAAGAAAAACAACAUACAUUCAGAUUAAUCUUGGUGCCGUGUGUAAUUUGUUGCUGCUAUAGAUAUGGACUCGGAAUGUCCACCAGUCACAGAUUUGUUACUUGGAAAUCAUUUUAUUUACUUCCAAACAAUAAAUCACUGGUAUCCGUAAGAAAAAGCUGCUGCAAGGAUGCCGGCUGGAAUGUGCAAGCUAUUUGGCACCACUCACAUCAAAGCAGGAAACGGCAUUCAGUUCAGCACAUGCAUGAGGUAAUGUCAGCUCUCUACAGUCUUGAGGAUUCAGGUUUAAUGGAUAUCAUAUGGUGGAGAAAUGUGCUUUAAAGUUGGCCCCCUUUGCUUGCUCGCUUAAUAACUAAUAACUCUUGGUGGCUGUCCAAGAUAUGUAUACAAAAUGCCCUUUAGGCUGCCAGGAUUUUUACUGCUUAAAGGUUCCCCGCCCCCUCAAAAGCAUGGAAUUGAUACUAGUAGCAAGUAGAACAUACAUUUUGCAAAACUAAGUACUGAUACUUAGAGAAGCUGAAACCAAACACUGGCUCCGAAGGCAUGACUUUGAUUCAUACAAAAGGCUGAUGCCAUCCCAGGAAAAUUUAUCGUUACUUUUUCAGACAACUGACCUCAUGCUGUUUGAGAAAUUGCAUUUGAAACUGGACUGGAGUGGACUAGCAGUUGAACCUGGAUUCAUUCGUCCCAGGAUUGUAUAA